AUGACGAACUUCACUCUCAAGUCCACCGUCCAGCUCCGGGGCUCAGGGAUUGAGCUCCCGCUUCUUGGACUCGGUGUUUAUCGCAACGAUGACUGCAAGCCAGCAUGUCUCGCUGCUCUGAAGCAUGGAUACAAGCACAUAGAUUCCGCCCGCAUGUACCGCAACGAAGCCGAAGUGGGCGAUGCUCUACGAGAAAGCGGAGUUCCACGCGAACAGGUCUUCAUCACCUCGAAAGUCAAUAAUCCUGAACAUGGCUACCAGAAAACGAAGGCGGCGAUUGAAUCCUCGCUCCGAAACUUCAACUUUGAGUACAUCGACCUGAUGCUCAUGCACAGCGCGAUGUCAGACAAAGAGCGCCGCCUCGAGUCUUGGCGCGCUCUCGUGGAAGCCAAGGCAGCUGGCACGGUACGCGCAAUUGGAGUGUCAAACUACGGCGUGAAACACAUCGAAGAGAUACGCGAAGCUGGGUAUGAGAUGCCUGAUGUCAAUCAGGUUGAGCUCCACCCUCUCUGUCAGCAGAAACACAUCGUCGAUUACUGCAUCGCGAAUGGCAUCGUCGUCGAGGAUUACUGUCCGCUAAUUCGCGCCCAAUGGAACAUCCCCGCGCUCCUAAAGGUCACAGAGAAGCUCGGGAAGACUCCUGCUCAAGUACUCGUUCGCUGGUCUCUACAGCGUGGAUUUGUUCCGCUCCCUAAGUCGUCGGAUCCCGACCGGGUGGUCACGAAUGCGGCUCUAUACGACUUCGAAAUCAGUGCAGAGGACAUGAAGUUGAUCGACGCCCUGGAUCGCGGCAAGGAUGGCGCGAUCAGUUGGAACCCGGUGGAUGUUGACUGA